AUAGGCUCUUGGAUUUACUAAUUUAUUAGAAAAAAUGCUAUGUCAAUUUUUUAGUCACGCAUAUGUGGGUCCCGCUAAAAUGAACCCAAGCAAGCAGAAGCCACUCCCGCAGUUUUAUGGCUAUCGCGGAUUUACAUCGUACACCAUUAUCCAUUGCCAAACCCCAACACAUUUCAUCGAAAUGGCGUCGUUAAGUUCCACUUCCAGCAUUAUUUCGGUCAGGUUCAGAAACCCUAGAACCCCGUCCAGAUUUUCGGAUUCUCCACACGUCAUCGUCCUGUCCAAGCUACUCGAUUCCUCAAAACCCACGCUCCGCGUUUCCUCCGAUUCCUCUCCCAAGGCCAGAUUUGUUGCCCGCCGGACGGAGUCCGUCGCCGUCAAUCAGUUCCAACGCCCUCUGAUUGAGUAUAUGAGCUUGCCAGCAAGCCAAUACUCGGUGUUAGAUGCAGAGAGGAUAGAGCGAGUGGAUGAUAACACCUUCAGGUGUUAUGUCUAUAGGUUUAAGUUUUUCACUGUUGAAGUUUGCCCUGUUUUGUUGGUGAGGGUGGAGGAGCAGCCACAUGGUUGCUGCAUUAAGCUCUUGUCUUGCAAGCUUGAGGGCUCCCGCAUGGUUGUUGCUCAGAAUGACAAAUUUGAUGGUGCUAAUGUGGGCAACAAAUCAAGUGUAAUAAGUGGAGGAGCCAUCAAAGAGAACAUGUCUGUGAUGCAAGCAAAUGUUAUUGGAUCGGAGCAUGGGACUCCUUCCGGAUUGCAAGCUUUCAAAUGUCGUUUGAUUCUGAAUAUUAAUAUAAUUCUUUUCAGGACUACUUUGACACUUAUUUGGUAUGGGCAUGCAGCUUCGAUGGAGAAUAAGAUAUCAUGUGAUAGUACAAGAGAUGAUUCACCUGUUCAGAAGUUAACUUCAGAUGCAGUGAUUGAGGUCAGCAUUGAAGUCCCAUUUGCAUUUCGCGUAAUUCCUACACAGGCCAUUGAAUCAGCUGGCUCCCAAGUGCUAGACCAGAUACUGAAGGCCAUGCUUCCAAAAUUCCUGUUUCAGUUAGUGAAGGACUAUGAAGCCUGGGCUUCGGGAGACACUUCUAGGCAGCCUCUAGGGACGGGUGAGAUCUAAAAGAGCAUUAUUGAUUAUCAUGGUUAAAGCUCGUCAUAAGUAUCUGUCUUGUUGUAUUGUAAAUUAUUGAGUUGAACGAGGAUAGCCAACUUGUGAAAACCUACACCAAUUUAGUGAUAAUGUGUGUUUUUUAAUUGAAACUUCUGCUUGGUUUUUUCGUCUUGAGUUAUCAAAUAUUUUUCAGGCAUGAGUUGCUAUUAUUGACUGUAGAGUCCAGAUUACAGAUCAAAGACAGCAAAUUGGCGAGUGCUAGUAUGAAACACUAGGGUCGCAAGCCAAAAUGUGAAGCGUACUGCAUACAGAUUUCAGAUCAUAACAAAAAGAUCUCCUCAUUUUCAACUGUAGUUUGGAGAUGAGUGGAGGCUCUAAACCGUUAAAACAGGCAAGAUCUAGACGUGAGUGGAACUAAGUGAGUUAGUUGGGAUGAACAUUUGAAUCAUGUAUCAGGAAGUUGAAAUUGUGAACCUAAAUUUAUGAGGCUGUCAAUGAAUCAAGAAUAAGAUGCUGCUUUCUUGCUAUUAACAGUAAGGUCAUGAUGGCAUUAUUAAAUUAUUAUGAAAAAAAAUAGUUUUGUAAUGUA